AUGGCCAACACAAGAACCCUAGAUUUUUAUCCCGUCCAUGGCAUUCUUACACCCAUAAGACCCGGCGAUUGCGUGUUGAUGAGGUCACCCGAUCCAUCGAAGCCGUCGUAUAUUGCAAAAGUGAAGAAGAUUGUAUCGGACUACAAUGGAGACAACGUGAAGGUUCACGUACGGUGGUACUACCGGCCGGAGGAAGUAGUCGGCGGUCGGAAAAAGUUUCACGGAAACAAAGAAGUAUUUCUCUCCGAUCACCGUGAUGUCCAAGCCGUGGAUGCAAUUGAAGGCAGGUGUAAGAUCCACACUUUCAAGAACUACAGAAAGCUCGAAACCGUUGGUAACGACGAUUUUUACAGCCGCUUACAGUAUUGCUCUUCCACCGCACGCUUCAGUCCCGAUAGAAUUGCCGUGUACUGCAUAUGCGAGAUGCCUUAUAAUCCUGAUGAGUUCAUGAUUCAGUGUGAUGGCUGCCAUGAUUGGUUUCAUCCUGCUUGUAUAGACAUGACAGUGGAGGCGGCUAGAGAAAUGGAGCACUUCCUGUGCCAGAGUUGUUUGUCAUAA